GUCCGUGUUUUUCACCAUAUAUAUUGAGUUAAAAUCAACUCCGUUUUUGAAUUGUUGAUCUAUUAUAUAUUAUACAUAUUAUUAUUAUUAUGAGGACACAUCCGUUAUACUAUAAUAUGGAAGAGUGCGUAAGAAGCGGACACGCUCGCUGACCUUUGACUUGCCGUGAAUGACAAAGCAAAGGUCAGCAGCCUUGACAUCAGCUGCUGUCCCUGCGAUUCUGCGGCUGGAGACGCGGCGCACAGGACGACGAUGAAAGAAAGCUCUCAAAUAGCGGGUCAAGUAUAUCUGUGACUUCAACGGUGUGAGUUCAUCAGUGGUCAUCUUUGGAGUUCGACCCAAUUGCCAUAGCACCAUGGACAGCUCAGAUGCAGGCGGGCUGCUGGACAUGGUUAAGGGUGGGGCCGGCAAGCUGUUCAGCAGCUUUAAGGACAACCUGAAGGACACCCUGAAAGACACUUCAACAAAAGUUAUGCACCAAGUUGCAACUUAUGCAAAAGGAGAACUGGACAUUUCCUACGUCACCUCACGUGUUAUAGUAAUGUCAUAUCCUCCCGAGGCCAUGGAGGCUGGCUAUAGGAACCAUAUCGAGGAUGUACGUUCAUUCCUCGACUCUAGGCAUACGGACCACUACACAGUCUUCAACCUGUCACCGAGAAGUUACAGAGGAGCCAGGUUUUCGAACCGGGUGUCUGAGUGCAACUGGCCGGCCAGACAUGCCCCGAGUCUCCACAACCUCUUUGCCGUCUGCAAGAACAUGCACCACUGGCUGCGCCAGAACCCCAAAAACGUCUGUGUCAUCACCUGCACGGAAGGAAGAGCGCCCCCUGGUGUUCUGGUCUGUGCCAUGUUCUGCUUCUGUCAUCUCUUCAACAACCCCGUACCUGCAAUGCAGCUGUUUGGUGCCAAGAAACCUGGAGCAGGCCUCUGGCCCUCACACAAACAGUACGUUGGCUACAUGUGCAGCAUGGUGUCGGAGAACCCUAAGCUGCCCCACUGCAAGCCCUUGGUCAUCAAAGCCGUCACCAUGGCUCCCGUUCCCUGCUUCAACAAGCAGCGCACUGGCUGCCGUCCCUACUGCGACGUCCUCGUCGGCGAUACCAAGACCUUCUCUACCGCGCAAGACUAUGAGAGGAUGAGAGAGAACCGGGUGCAGGAGGGGAAAGUGGUCUUCCCCCUUGGUGUGAAUGUUCAUGGGGAUGUGGUGGUCUCUGUGUUUCAUAUGAGGUCUACCAUCGGAGACAGGCUCCAGGGCACGGUGACCAACACUCAGAUAUUUCAGAUACAGUUCCACACUGGGUUCAUCUCUCCAGGCACGACAGUCUUGAAGUUUACAAAGCCGGAACUAGACGCCUGCGAUUCGCCUGAGAAGUACCCCCAGCUGUUCCACGUGGUGCUGGACAUCGAAGUGGAAAGCACAGACAAACAGGUGGACCUCACCCCCCCUUGGGAGCAGUUCCCCAGCAAGGACCUGAGUCCCAACAUCCUCUUCUCCUGCUAUCAGGAGCACCAGGAUGCCCUGGCCAUCGCAGGAAGGGGAAAGGCCUGUGCGGGUCCAGACAGCCACACGGGGCCGGCCAGCGUGGACAGCGAGCCCUCUGACGACGAGAUGUUGACCCUGUCUGGCCAGAAGGCUAACGCUGGCCAGAAGGCUAAUGACUCCCAGGCUGCAAGCAAGGGCAAGGAGCCAGAGGCCCCUCCCCCUGAGGCCCCUCCCCCAGUGGAAGUAGACCUCCUGGGUCUCGGCGAUGGUCCUGGGGACCAGGCCUUCGCCUCCUCCCAGCCCCCAAAGCAGCCCCCGACAAACACCGACCUCCUGGGUGACCUCUUUGGGGCUGACUCUGGGUCCACAGAGUCCCCCCCCCAAAAGACGGUGCCCCCCGCCUCCCCCGGUGUCUCCCCGUGUCCCAGCCAAGGUUUCGAUCCGUUUGGGUCUGGCACGACUGUGCAGGAACCGAAGGGGCCAUUCCUGGACCCAGGCCGGACGUCGCCAGCGCCCCCCACCACCCCGACCGUCAACGUCCAGCAGCAGAACCUGAUGGGCGGCUGGGAGUGGAACAGGCCACCUGCUGCAGGAGGUUUUGGGAUGGGAAGCAAAUCAGCCAGCACCAGUCCCACAGGCUCAGCCCACAGUACGCCUACUCACCAGCCCAAACCCAAUACUUUGGACCCCUUUGCUGAUCUGGGAGCACUGGGAGGGGGGUCUGGGUUUUCCAGUAAGCCCACCACCCCCACCACUUCCGCGGGUGCCUUCCCACCCAUGGCAUCCCCGCAGCGGCCCCCUUCCCAGCCCGCAGCGGGCAGCGGCGGUUGGCAGUCCUCCCGGCAGCCAGGGGGCGCCUCGCAGUGGCAGCCCCAGUCUUCCCCGCAGCACCGGCCCAACUACAACGUCAGCUUCUCCACUGCAGCCGGCGCCCCUAGUGGUAAUGGGAGGCAGGCCCCAAGCUUUGGGGUCAAACCAAAAAUGGCAGAGGCAGACUUUGGGGACCUGCUUUCCGGACAAGGCUUUGCUGGAAACAAGGAGAAGAAGGGUCCAAAGACGAUCGCAGAGAUGAGGAAGGAGGAGAUGGCCAAGGAGAUGGACCCCGAAAAGCUCAAGAUUCUGGACUGGAUCGAGGGGAAGGAGAGGAACAUCCGGGCCCUUCUGUCUACCAUGCACACGGUGUUGUGGGAGGGUGAGACCCGCUGGAAGCCCGUAGGAAUGGCCGACCUGGUUACACCCGAUCAGGUCAAGAAGGUCUACCGCAAGGCAGUGCUGGUGGUCCAUCCAGACAAAGCUACGGGCCAGCCAUAUGAACAGUAUGCCAAGAUGAUCUUCAUGGAACUGAACGAUGCCUGGUCAGAGUUCGAGAGUCAAGGGCAAAAGGCGCUAUAUUGAAAUUCAGCUUUUGGGUUACCGGCGAACUCCCUUGUGAUGUGAUGCCUGAUUUUUGGUGGUUUUUUUUCCCCUCUCUGUCACAUGGGUUUUGUUGUCACACAUAGACCUUAGAGUGCAGAUUAACCAUGCAGUCUCAGGAAACGUGAGGCUCGCCCAUUCACCUGGUGUCCACAACCCAUCAUGACACAGAAUCGGCAGUGCGAAUAGUCUUCACCCAGAUCAUAAGGGGAGAGGCAGUAUGUGGUGUAUUUUCCCUAGUUUAUGGGUAUUGCAGUGUACGGUCAGGAAUUCUGUUUCUUUGAAACCUUCACGGUAGCAUCAUGAAGCCAAGAAAAUUUUAAUGCUAGCAGUCUCAGAUCCUUUGUGGGGGGUGAUGUUAAUUCCUUUGAAGAAUGGGAGAUUACAUUAGCAUUACGUUUAUAUGACACAUUUGGCCUGUGUUCAUUUGUAUAUAUGUCUUUUUCUGUUUCUUCGCCAUGCAAGCUAAUUGCUAAUUACCAUCCGUUCGCGUCCUUGGAGCAAUUCCUUUAACUGCAUUCAUUUACACGAUGGCACAGAGUCGGCGUUUAGAAGUGGCCAGAUAGCACAGUUGAUGAGAUUCAAAGGAAAGGUGUGAAUAUUUUCCAGCAGUAUUUUUGUAUGUUUAGUGUGUAGACAUGCAUAUUUAAUAUGCAGGAAAUAACUGUUUACAAAAGGUUUGUUUUAAAAUUAAUAUUUAUCAUAAUUAUUUUGUUCUUUUUUUGAGUACAUGUACAGUAUCUUUUCUCCAUGUGUUUUUUUUUUCCAAUCUAUAUUAUCCUCCUAUUUUUCUAUGGGAGAAGACAGACGGUUAGUUGUUCCUGCAAAGCCUUAAUUCACUCAUCAAACGACCUGGUCCAGUUAGGUAAGUGACAUUAUGUCAGACAUUAUUUGCUUCACUCAUUAGCCUGGGUAGCGCCUUAACAUAUUCCCAAGAAACUAAAUUAUGCAAUCUCUGUUUUUCUGCUAAACUAAUAAUUUAAUCUGAUCAGAUAUCAGUCCUGGUGUUUGGACUAAAACAUAGUAACUGGACAUAAUUCCCCCCAAAAACACCCCCAUCCCAGUACAUGCGUCCUGGUAAGGUUUGAUCUUUUCUAAUGGGAACUGGGCCCCAACUCUAACACUCAAUUUAUUUAAAAAUAUUUUUAAGCAACUUCUCUUUAAAACUGUUUUAACAAUAUAUUUAUUAUAAUCAUUGCUGUAAUUUUACUUUCUGUUGUAUAAUUUGUGGUAUUUUUGUGUUUGAAUGUAUUCAGGAUGCAUAUUUGGGUGAACGGAACAUGAUUUGGAUGCAGGUCAUGUGACACAGAUCUGCAUUGCAAAGAUGGCUUCCCUCUUCCUGAUGUACGCUGUAAUGCACAUCCCUGGUUUCUCAUUGCUGUCUGUAGCCAUGGAACAGGAGAAGCCCAGGGUCCAG